AGGUAGAGAUAGAAUAGAUCUUCUCCUUCGCCCCUACCUACCACCUAACCUAAGUCAUCCCCCCAGAAAGGUUCAAGUAACGAUGUCUUGGAAAUGCAGCGACUGCAACCGAACCUUCGCAUCCUGGCACUCGCGCAGCCAACACAGCACCGCGCGAAACCACACCCCCCUCGACUUCGACUGCCGCUGCUGCAAGCGCCCCUACGCGAGCUCAACCUCGCGCAAAGAGCACGAGGCCAAAGAACACAACCACUGCGCGGACUGCAACCGGGGGUUCGACAACGCGAACAACCUGAGGAUGCACCUGCACUCCCGCACGCACCGCGGCGCAAACCUGAAAUGUCCGUUCUGCAAAACGGGCUUCGUCUCCGCCACGGGCCUCGCGCACCACUUAGAAGGCGGGAGAUGCACCGCCGCGCCCCUGAACCGGGAUAUGGUGUACAAAGCGGUGCGAUCGAAAGACCCGGACGGGGUGCUGACGAAGAAGCUGAUCGGCUGGACCGGGUCGCCGACGUACGAGGUUAACGGGAAUUCCUGGAACGGAGACGCUUGGGAGUGUUAUCUGUGCCAUCGCGAUUUCGUUAGUAGGAAUGGGUUGAAUCAGCAUUUGAACUCGGCUGCGCGUAAGUGCAUCGGAAAGGGUUUCGAAGCCGGCUAGGGUGCUCGGUGCUUGAGUGUGAGACGCUGACUUGAUGGUGUGUGUGUAGACCAGCAGGCGCUGUACCAUUGCCCGAAUCGCCUCCCUUGCGGUCGUGAAUUCAAGACUUUGGCUGCUGUUAGUAAGUACUCCCUCAUGCCUGACAUUGUCGUCCCCUGUAUCUUGAUGUCUUCAGCCAUCCCUAUACCCAAACAGACCUAUCUGCGUUUGUGGGAUAGCUAGGUAUCCAAGCCCCAGACGCCACCAAAUGCAACCAGAUAUCCCUGAGAAGCAAGUAAUAAUAACCCCUGCGCUGCA